GGUGCACGCGCUUUUGACUGUCAUCCAGAGCUGCGUCCAGACCACGGCUCAAUCGCCGAGCGCCCGGAUGAGUGCAGCAGCAGGCGGCGACAUUCACGACAAUAUGGUCGCGUAAACCGACCGAAUCGAGUACAGACCAUCGCGUGGUGGGAAGGACGUGGUGAGACACUGCUGGAAUCUGAGACAUUUUCGACGCAACCCACAGAGAGCGGUUCUGGGAAAAUCCAGACAGAAGAUAAAGGCGUGGAAACGAGACGGCACAACAUUCUCCUUCGCGGUGCCCUAUUUUGUUGAUGAAAGAUCUUACGGACCGGCUGUCUCACUCUGAAAUAUGGAAUGCUCCCUGCACCAACCAUCACUAAUCUGCCAUCUUUGGACUGACCUCCAAUUGUUUAGUUAGCAGCUGUGCUUCUCCCCUCGAACUCUUGACAACUAGGGGACGAAGAAAAGGAGCCGGCUUUCCAAGUCCUCCUCAAAACGCACAGAGCACUUCUUUUUGUUUUACACUAAAAUUUUGGGAGCUGUUGUUUUCUUGAUUCUUUUGUGUCCGGAUAAAUCCCAUCAAAAUGGAUCUGGAGUCAUAUCUGUGGAUGGUCAUUAUUGGCUUCAUCAUUGCCUUCGUCCUGGCCUUCUCAGUCGGUGCCAAUGACGUGGCCAACUCAUUUGGCACAGCCGUGGGGUCAGGAGUGGUUACCCUGAAGCAGGCCUGUAUCCUGGCCUCCAUCUUUGAGACCUUGGGCUCCAUGCUUCUAGGUGCCAAAGUGGGGGAGACCAUACGGAAAGGCAUCAUUGAUGUGAGUCUGUAUAACAACACUGUGCCUGUGCUCAUGGCAGGGGAGGUCAGCGCCAUGGUUGGCUCAGCUGUGUGGCAGCUCAUCGCAUCAUUUCUUAAACUACCCAUCUCUGGUACUCACUGCAUUGUUGGAGCCACAAUUGGCUUCUCCAUGGUGGCCAUUGGCACCAAGGGUGUUCAGUGGAUGCAGCUGGUUAAGAUUGUUGCAUCCUGGUUCAUCUCCCCUUUGCUUUCUGGACUCAUGUCUGGACUCUUGUUCCUGCUGAUCAGACAUUUUAUCCUCAACAAGGAUGAUCCUACUCCCAGUGGUCUGCGAGCACUGCCCAUCUUUUAUGCCUCCACUAUAGGCAUUAACACCUUCUCCAUCCUGUAUACUGGUGCUCCUUUGCUUGGACUAGAGAGCCUUCCAGUUUGGGCAAUCUUUCUCAUAACAUUAGCUGGCUCACUGGUGUGUGCUUUGUUGGUCUGGAAAUUUGUUUGUCCCUGGAUGAGACGGAAAAUAGCAAGUCGAUUAAAGAAAGAACAGGCUCUGUCCAGGAUUUCCUCUGAAAGUCUGGACAAGAUCCCAGAGGAGGAAGAGGAGAGCCCCGUGUUCAAAGAGCUGCCGGGGCCCAAAGGGACAGACGAGGCCGUGCUGCCUCUGACUGGGAGCACUGAGCGUAGCACACGAGAGUCUACUGGAGAGCUCAGUAACCAGGCCAAUGGAAGCAGUGUCCUGCCAAAUGGCAGAGUCUAUGGACGGACCCAUUCCAUGACAAAUGGGUGCCUGAAAUCACCUGUGUCUAAUGGGAGCUUCAGCUUUGAUGGGCACGUGCGUAGUGAUGGCCAGGUGUACCACACCGUGCACAAGGACUCUGGACUGUACAAAGAUCUUCUUCACAAGAUCCACCUGGGCCGCAUGGACGACAACGAACGCACCUCUUCCAACACCGGACAACCUGAGAACAACUACCGCAUGCUACGCCGUAAUAACAGCUACACCUGCUACACUGCAGCCAUAUGUGGCAUGCCCGUCCAGCCACUCAAACGCACAGAGUCACGUGACGACAGUGAAAAGCUCGUGGGAGAAGGAGGAGGCAGGAGUAACAGUGUGUCUUACUCAAAGAAGCGUAUCCGUUAUGAUAGUUAUUCGUCAUACUGCAACGCUGUAGCAGAGGCAGAGAUCGAGGCUGAUGAGGGAGGAGUGGAGAUGAAACUGGCCACAGAACUGGAGGGGCUCCCGGAAGAAGGGGAUCCUGCGCCCGAGCCUCUAGACGACAUGACUGAUGAGGAUCAUGAAGAAAAAGACAAAUCUGAAGUGUUCCAACUGUUCCACUUCCUGCAAAUUCUUACAGCUUGUUUUGGCUCAUUUGCCCACGGAGGCAAUGAUGUCAGUAAUGCCAUUGGGCCAUUGGUGGCACUGUGGAUGAUCUAUGACCAGGGGGGCGUGAUGCAGGAUGCAGCCACCCCUGUCUGGCUGCUGUUUUAUGGAGGUGUAGGCAUCUGCGCUGGUCUGUGGGUGUGGGGCCGCCGUGUGAUCCAGACUAUGGGCAAGGACCUGACCCCCAUCACCCCCUCAAGCGGAUUUUGCAUUGAAGUAAUGAGUGCGCUAACAGUGCUUGUUGCAUCAAAUGUGGGCAUCCCCAUAAGCUCCACCCACUGCAAGGUAGGCUCCGUGGUGGCGGUGGGUUGGAUCCGCUCCAAGAAGGCAGUGGAUUGGCGGCUCUUCCGAAACAUCUUCCUAGCAUGGUUUGUCACGGUGCCCGUCGCUGGCCUGUUCAGUGCUGCCGUCAUGGCCGUGUUCGUGUAUGGUAUCCUGCCCUUCGUCUGAGAGAUGCCACGGAGGGCCAAUAGUCAAGAGGGUGCAAGAAGAGAAAGAAGAGAAAAUUCACAGCGAGGGCAAAGAUGAAGAACAGGAAUGAGAGAACAAGGUGACUGUGCAUAAGACAAAAGAGCAGACAGGAGAGGCUAGGUUGUACUGUGGAUUUGACACAGGGUUGGUCACAUGUGUUUUUGGCUCUGUUCAGAGCUCCAGAUUUGUGUUGCGUUUCUGAUUGAUUUUACUCUAUUCUCUUUGAACAUGCCAACAUGUAUUAUUUUAUCUGCUGUAUAUAAACAGUUGGAGAAAAAAAAUAAUAAAAGACACUGCAGUUGCUGUGUACAUUUAUUUAAGAAAAAAUCUGAUAGCACACACAAAGGCGAAGCCUGCAGUAAAACUACUUUCAAAGUAGUAUUCCAACAUGCCGGAUGAAAAACAAAAUGUACAUAUUGUUGAGUUUUGAAAAUUGCUGCUUGCUUUAAAAUUAAUUGCUUUAAAACAAAUUGCUGUGCAUGUGGCAAACCAACCCAUCUGUCAACUUCCGUAACAUCCAGUACUGGUAUAACAGGGGACAAUGGAAAGCCAUCUCAGAGAGUAGGGUGUUGGGACUGUCACUCUGCUUUUUAUUUACCAUAAGUUACCAUAGAAACCUGAUACCUAAACGAGUUGAUUUCUUCUUGUUAUUAAGAGCUCCUGUAUGUUUUUAGAGAUGGGUCUCAUUUUUUAAUGAUGUAUUAUACUGUAAUUUGUAUAUAAAUAAUGUCAGUGAAGAGUUUAAGGGCAUGUGGGGAUCGUAAUUUGUUUUAAAUGUAAAUUGGAGGCCUCUUGUGUUUUUCCCCCUUUACUGGAUGCCUAAUUUCAUCAACAUUUGUACUCAUUCAAUAUAUAAUAUUAAAAUGUUUUUUUCCCCCAGUAUUUGAAAAUGGAUUAUCAAAUUGAGCUUUUUUUUUUAAGCACCAGGCCAAAGUAACCGGUUUUGCCAUAUCAAGAUGGCCAAAUGCUAGAGCCAUUUUUAUAUCAGUGUUUUGUAUGUUGCCUUUUUUUACAUCAGUCCCUGAGUCAGUUGCUAUUGGACUCAUUGUUUAUGCCCACAUGUUUGCCUGUCAGUCUAAUAUCUGGGGUUCAGCUCUAUCAUGUAUUUGAGGCCUCCAAAUAUUGAAAACGCCUUGUCCUCUCACACAUGGGGUUGUGUCACUCAUAUCGAACACUAAAACCAAGAACAAACUGUGCUUUAUCUUAGGCAGUUAUGCAGACAUGUAAAAACAGGGGAAUUGACCUCCCCAGCCACAUGUGUAGCUUGUGUCAAGGUGCAGAGUUCAACAUGAUAGUCAAGUCUGAGAACACUUUUGGGGGGGGGGUAAGUAAUGAUCAUCACCAGCUUUUUAACAAGGUCACCUGACCUGUAGAUGAACAAAGUCUAAAGCUUUUUUAUUUGAACAAACUUGAUGCCAUGUGUUGCAAGGUUUUGUUCUUGUGGUAUUAUUUUCUUUCUCCUUUUUUUUUUUUUUCAAAUUAUGCUUACGUAGCCACUUGCCUUGUAACCUUGUGUUUUACUUUAAAGACAGUAAAUGAGUACUGUGGUGUUUACAUUGUAACAUUAUUGUAGAGUAUAUGAUAAAAAACGAUGCCUAAUGAUGCCAAUGAAAGACGAAACUAUUAAACAUUAAUUUUUAAGUGCAAGAAAAAUAACCAGAAGUGUCUAGCGUGAGAGAGGAGGCGGAUGUUGUGUGCACGUGUGGUGAUCUCCUGUUUAUUGCUGUGGUGGUAGUGCUAAUCAUGAUCUGAGUCUUUUUACACUGCUACUACAAUGUGUAAACACUACAUGGAUGGGUGCAAUUCACUAAUGAAGAAACUAACUAGAGAAAUGUCAUCAAAAGUAUAUUUUUCUACCAUAUCUUGAGUUUUAACCCAGGUGGGCUUCCAAACACUUCAGAGAACACACUGCAGUCAGUUGAUUGUAAAUUUCAAGUGGAGUAUAUAUCUCGCCAGACGGGGCGCACUAAACACUGCGUCACCUUUUCUGUGGUGCCAUUGCAAUGCUGAAGUGCAGUGUGUCCUCCAACGUGUAGAAUGGUGUGUUGGGUGCCAAUAGAUCAGAUUUCUAAAUGAUCAUUUUUAUUUUUGAACUUUAGAUGAAAACACUUUGUAAUUUUGUUUCCCUGUUGCUUCAUGAGCUGUUAGAUUAAAACACUGUUGAGCUCAAUUGGAAACUAAUAACUGGACACUGAAAAGUUUUGGUUCAAUAGUUUUAAUGUGAUUUACAAAGGCUCAAAGUCCAGACAGAUUCCCGAUUCACUGACCCAUAGCCCCAAAAUGUUUGGAGUCCACUAGGUCACUAGGUAGGCUAUUUCCAUUAUUAAUGUAAUGUGUUAAGCUUCUACCUUAAGUGCCCAAGUAGCAAGAAAUGACUUAGUGUCAACAAAAUAUAAUUUUAUUCAAGAUUAAAAUAACUAUUAAUCCGUAUUCUCUAUAGUCGCCUAGCUCUGCUCACUUGUCAUUUAAAUUGGUCAAACACUGUAUAGGAUUAAAUAAAUGGGUAGGUUUGGAUCUUAAGCCCUUGUAACUUUCACUGUCAUUGCUGUUUUCAUGCAUUCAGUCCUGAUAGGCCAAAAGGGAGGCACUGCUCAAAUGAAUGGGGAACGCAAACAUCACCCCCUGGUGGCUGAAACCAGACGUUGACUACAUAAAAAAAUACAGACUAAUGAUAAGAACUGUCAGCAAAACUGGACAAAUAUAAUGGUGUGCAGCCACUGGGAGGGGCACUUCCCUGUUGAGAGGGACAUUCACAUCAGCCUUGUAACUGGUCACUAGUUAUGCGUUUGCCAUUGAGGGAGCCCUGUUCUUGCAUCUUUUAAGACUUCUUUUGAUCUAAUUAUGGGGAAAACGUGUCAUUCCCUCCUCCCUGAAUGCGCAAUACACAGUGUAAUUGUGAAAGGUCCCUGGGUGUCCCGGUGAAGCAGACUCCGGAUAUGGCGUGCUGCUGUCUUAUUUGUUUUGUGGUCCGUUUUUCAGAAUGUGCUCCUUGGCUGGCCUGCAGGCUUAACAGCUGUGUUGUCUUUUACUGUUUACUGCUAUUUGACUGUCUAGUCCUACAAAGUACAGUAAUAAAUGAAUAAAAAAAAAAACAAUAAAUCUGUAGCCUGUUUCUACAAAUCUUUAAGCUCCUUUGAUUUGCAUAUUACGUACUGUAAUGUUUUAUUUAAAAUUUUAGUGGUAAGAUGUCUGCAUUCAAGUAAAUUAUGGGAAUUAAAAUUACAAAGAAAGAUGAAA